GAACGAAACUUAACAUUAUUACGCAAGAUCGUGAUUACUUUCAAUACAAGGGAAUUGCCGAGACUCUAAUGGUCGUUUUUCUAUUGUUGUUACUUGUGACAUUUUAAGUGCUCGCGCUUACGACACGAACAAGGAUUUUUCUUCAUUAAAGUAAAAUGAUUAAUUAGGAGUGUAUUACUAGUUGUCUAACUUUACUAUUUGAAUCACGCGCUAUUUUAUCCACCAAUCAGGGAUGAAUUUUUGAUAAAUAAACAUGGCCGGCAAAGGCUGGAAUUGUAUGUCGGGGGCCCCCGAAACCGAUGAGCAGCAAAGACUUCGCUUCCAAAUCGAGUUAGAGUUUGUCCAGUGUCUCGGAAACCCCAAUUAUCUCAACUUCCUCGCUCAACGUGGUUAUUUUAAGGAUAGUACCUUUGUGAAUUAUUUGAAGUAUUUGCUUUAUUGGAAGGAGCCUGAAUAUGCGAAAUAUUUGAAGAGGGAAUUGGUGAAUGCUCAAUGUUCGAAGUUUAUCGACGAUCAACAGCUUUUAUUGUGGCAACAUUAUACAAGGCGUAGAAGUCGCUUAUUAACCUCCACGAAUCUUAAUGGAACCAAAGUAAUGGCCAUUUAAGUAAAAACAAGUUAAAACUGACAAAGUGUUAAUUUAGGUGAAAUAAAUUAAUUCUCUAUAA